AUGAGUCCUACGCUUCUCACGUCGGUUGUGGGACAUCUCAGUCGGAGAUUCCUGCCAUCGGAUCUCACAUUUGGCCAGCCUCCGCAACAUUUGGACGAGAAGCAGGUCGAAAAGGACCCUGCUGACGCCGCACAGCGUGAGGGGCUUCGUCGCAAGCGAAUCAUCAUCUGCUGCGACGGCACCUGGCAGUCUUCUGCCACGGGUCGGAAGAAUGUCCCCUCCAACGUCACACGCCUCGCACGAUCCAUUGCCCGAACCGGGAAGAUGAAGGCCAAAGAUGGUAACGAGGUUGACUGCGAGCAGGUGGUGUACUACAGCCCAGGUAUCGGCACCGGCGACGGUGUCAACAUUGUCGAGAGGGCCCGCCAGGCCACCUUUGGCGACGGGCUUGUAUCCGAUGUCAUCAAGGCUUACUCAUUUGUCGUCAUGAACUAUUCCAAGUACGAUGAGAUCUCUUGCUUCGGCUUCUCUCGAGGAGCCUAUACCGCCCGCGCGGUGGCUGGCCUCAUCACGGAUAUCGGCAUCAUCGAGCCCCGGGAAUUGGACGACUUCCCUGAGCUCUAUGCUUUGUACCGCAAGUGCGGCAGCAAUGAUAGCUUCGGUUUUCGCCAGUCUCCGGAGUACCGAGAGUGGAUCAUGGGCGUCAGGAAGAAGGGAUACAAGUAUAAAGACACGGACGGCAAGAAACUAGACAACCACUGGGAGCAGGUACCUCACACCUUGCCUGCCGAGUUCACCAGAGUUGUUCACGUGGUCGGCGUUUUCGAUACAGUGGGUGCUUUGGGAAUUCCGUACAUGGCCUGGACUCGAGAGAUAAGCAACUUCUUUGCCAGGACCAUCCCAUUCUUUGGCGUUGAUGAAUAUGGAUUUCACAAUCCUUCGUUGAGCAGGUACAUCAACCACGCAUUCCAUGCUCUGGCACUGGACGAUAAGAAGACAGCCUUUACUCCGACUCUAUGGCGUCUUCCUAAGGAUCACCAACAAGCCCCUGAAUUUCAUCAUGAGACGAGGGUAGAGCUCGUAGAGAAACUCAGGAGACUUCUCAAUGUCAAGCAUCCCAAUGAAAAGACAAAGGAGGCUAUCAACAAAGCGUGGGCUGCCAUGGUAGAACGCGAGAUGUGGGAUCAGUUGAAGGAUGAGACGUCGACAGAUAACAGGCCGAAGUUUCACAAGCCGAAGCUUCAGCAAGUUUGGUUCCCCGGUAGCCACCAGAACAUCGGAGGUGGCAAUCCUGGCAUUCUACUGGGAGCGCCAUACGACUGUGAACAACUCGCGCUUGUCUCCUUCACCUGGAUGUGCGAUCAAGUGCGCCCCUUCCUCCAUUUCGAUGACGAGAAGAGAGACGAAGCAAAUGACGACGGCCCGGAAACCUUGUCAACCCUUGCAGACCGUGAGAUUGAGUCACGCAAGAAACUCAUCGAGUUUUCGCAGCAGUCUCAAGACAUCCAAAGCAAAGUCGUCAAAUUCGGCCGCUACUUCCUGGGCCUUUUCAACUUGGUGAAGACUGGCGAGGACAACCAGGACUGGGCCUUGGGACCCAUUAUUGGGGAUACGACCUUCAUCGAGGGCAGGUUGCUCUUGGUUUCGAUCUUCCGCUUGGUCCUGCGCUUCCUCUUUGACUUGUUCUUUGGCAGGGUCUUUCACUUCCUCUUCAACGACAGGACACCUGGCGAGUACACACUUGACGAUCAUCAGAACGAAGCUGGAAUCACCAACGAGAAAGUCCAUCCUGCUGUUAGAUAUCGCAUGGAAAAGGAUUCCCGGUAUCGACCAGGUGCUCUGAAGUCCUUCGAGUCGGAGAAGAAAUUCGCCAAAGUUUCUGGAGGAAAUGAGUAUGUGUACAAGUGGGCGAAGGGGAAUCUGACCCUUCCGGAAUAUGUCAUCAAGCCUGAUGAUCAUAUCUCGCGCCAGCUGAUCAGUCAAUCUAAGAAGGGAAACCAAUGGAUAAAAAACCUUUGA